CUCGCCUCGCACUUCGUAAGCUGAGCCUAAUUGUACAUAAGUGUUUCACCUACAAAGUAAUCGGCAGGAGAGUGAACUGACAGCUCGGUGCCAUGACGAAAGCACCAAUUGAUGGUAUUCCUCGUAUUGCACCAGUCCUACACAGACACAACACACGGCAUCGAACACGAUACUCGUACACCAGCCAGGGGCAACUCAUUGCUCCAUCCGAAUGAAAAUCACGGACUAUCGGUCUCGGCCCCAUAUAUACAUAAAUACCUAGUAGAGAAUAGUGUCCUUCCUGAUUCCUGUGCACAGAAGUGCAAAUGUCGUAUCCUCCCGGAGAGUGUUUUCCUCUCCUACUUCGUACGAAGUACUUCGAAGUAUUUUUGGAUCCGGGACCUCUCCACCACUCCCGAGCUUCUCUAACCGAAUUUCAAGGUGGCAAGGCGGCAACAAAGCCGCUGUGCAUUGUCUGCCUUUGCAUCUCUUAUCCCGACCGACCGAACCAUACAGCAGUCCACGCUGCGCCUGUACCUGUGCUUGCACCUCACCAAGGCAAAGGCAAAAAGCCUCAACCACCAUCAAUAUCAAACCCGCCCCGAGAGCUAGACCCUGCACCACACCAGAACGAACUAGAACAUCACCACUUAUCUUGAUUGUGUUGCCCAGCCAUCCGACAAAUGGAUGGAGGCCGCAACUCAGAGCCCUAGCGACGCUACCCUGCGUGCUACCAAAGCCGGUGCACGAAAGGUUGGAAGCAUCGAGACACGACCGAAUAAUCAUGACCAUCCCGCUACCGGCGACAGUGUUGACGGCGAUUCUUGCAUAAACUCCCCUUCCACGACUUCCCCGCCUUACUGGAUUGCUUCCCAUAGUGAUUCCCGUCAGCGGUCCUCUUCCAAUGUCUCGGUAGAUUCCCUCGUAAAGGACGGCAUUACCCUACAGGACAACACGGAUGGUGACGACUCGAGGAACCGAGCAUGCUGGGCAAAGAGCGUACUUGUUGAAAAUUAUACCAUUGUUGGGACUGGGCUUGGUGCAUUUGUAGUAUGGAACGUCAAUGUGGAAACGCUGCAGGUAAAUACUACUCCAUAAGACAACAACAACAACAUCAAUGUAGCACUGACUGUCAACAAAAGGGCGGCAGCUUGCAUAUUCGAAAACGAUACUCUGAAUUCGAUGACCUUAGACACAAACUCAUUCAAACAUUCCCAUACUCCGAGGCUGCUAUGCCAGCGAUGCCCCGCAAGAGCGUAAUAUCGAAGUUUAGACCGAAAUUCCUGGAGAAUAGGAGGGCGGGUCUACAUCACUUUUUAAAGUGGGUGUCUCUAUAUCAAUCUUUGCGGAUGGAGUUAUGCUGACAGUUUAUCUUUACAGUUGUAUACUGUUGAAUCCGGAAUUUUCUAGCUCUCCUGUGCUGAAAGAGUUUUUGUUUUCCUGACGAGCGAAUAAUAAUACCGCCUGAUGUAUAAUUGGAUUGAGGAUGGAUUGGAUACCUACAGCGUUCCAAAGCGAUGAUGAUUGGUUAUGAAAUACCUACAUAGUAGUAAUGAAAAACGGAAGCGAUACCAUACAAUCCAAGUUGCUGGGGACUAUUCGAGUUUCUUGGUAGUUGUAGAUGAGCUAAGUCUCUUCGUUUCAGUGCUACGUACUAUUGGAAGCCAAUGGCGCUUUUUGUGGUGCCAAUCUUAAUUUGGAAGUCACUUAAAAGGUUUCCAUUUUGAUUUAUACUAAGUAGAGCGCAUCCUAGCGGACAAGAAAAAUUGCAGGGACUUCUUUUUAUCUUUGUCCAACUUACGAGUAC